AUGGUCGAUCUCGCAGCUGACGUGUCUCUGUCAGCUGUGCAGUCCAGUCUGCACACUGAGGUUCGGGCGCUGCUCAAAGAGAUGAACAGCAGAUGUGCUUCAAAGAAAGGAUGGAUAAGAUGGAGCCUUGAGAGGAAGGUGGAGGUGGACCCGUCCUGCAGCGUCUCCCUCAUCUCCGUGUUGGUGAAGGAGCUGGAGAAGAAGCUGGAGAAGAUGCAUAAAAUAGGAUCCCGAGUGCAUGUCAUCCCGAUACUGCACACCCUCUACUAUGCAGUCAUUCAGUCAGGCUCCUUGAUUCCUCGCAGCCUCUACCAGAGAGUAGAUGAGUGUUUGAUGAAGCUGCUGAUUUCACCGAUGCCUUACUCGACCGUGGCCCUGAGCACCUUGAGCAGCGUUAAGAUGGAAAUGACCACACCAGGCUCUUUGUACCUGAGGAGAGUCAUCGCUGAGCAGAACCUGAAGAGUAAACAUUGCAACCUGCAAGAAAGGGUGUUUGUUCUUGCAGAUCCAGAUGUUUUUACUGCACAGCUGGAGGCCACAGUGAGGGCGUACCUGGAGGUGUCCGGCGUGUUCAGGGACACGCCCACAGCCAUGGAGAAGAACCUGAUGCUACGGGUGAUGCAGAAGGGGCUGGGGACGUUGAGCUGGAGCUCCAGACUGGCUCAGGCUCUGGAGGCUUUAGACGAUCAGAUGGUAGAGAAAUACUUCGAGGAAGUGGUCCGAGCCGUGGAGCAGAGUAUAAAACAUGGUCCUGGUAGAUGCACAAAGUAUCUGAACAGACUGCAACACGUACAGGAAGAGAUUCUAACUGCUGCUACAGAAGUAACCGAGGAGGAGUGCGGCUCCCGGAGCAGCCGGACGUUGUCAUUUCCAGAGAUCAAAUUCCUGCUGUGGACAAACGAAGAGGAUCUAUAUAAACUGAUUCUGAUGAGGGAGAGGAUGGACACGUUUGCCGGGAGCCGUGGUGUCCAGAGAGACGACUGCAGGUGUCUCACAGCGCGGGUGGUGGUGAUGGGGGACGAUCGGGUGCUCGGGCGGCUCAGCAGGGUUUUCCUCUCUAUACGACAGCGAGAGUCCAAUCAUCUUGUUUUGACCAAGAAGCUGAACCUGCAGUUGUACUACGUCCCCGUCACCGAUGUGGAGCCCAGUUCACCAGUCGGCCCAGGUCCGGACGAGGGGAGACUGUCUCUCGCCGGCUUGCUGGGGAGGUUGGAUCCGUGGUACAACAGCAACAUCAACAUUCUGAGAGCCACCAUCUCCAACCUGUCGGACCAAAACCUCUUCCUGCUGGACACCCUGUGUUACUACCUCCGCUGUGGGACGCAGCCCGUGAACCUGCCCAUGUAUUCUGUGAAGAUGAAGCGGGGCAGCAGUGACGCGUCCUCAGCGGUGGAGGACGUGUUCGUGUCCCACCUGGAGGCCGACAUGCCAAAGUUCAGAUACCUCAAAGAAAAGUUUCCAAAGGAUCCGUCCACACAGAGGAAGACGUCCACGGUGAUCGUCCUCACCGUCACUUAUACAGAGACGUCUUUGAGCAAACGAGGAGUCGUGAGAGGAGAAGCUCUGAGGACGUGUGGUGUGAUGAUCACCUCAGAGCCGGCAGCUGUGACCUCAGGGGAGGAUCUCCUCACAGUCAGUUUUGACAGCAUCGACCUGGGAAACAAGAAAAAAAUCCGAACCCAAAACAUCAGCAUCAGGACGAUGGAGGAUCGAACCCUCUCCGUGUGUCUGGACAGAGACGCUCGCAGGACGUACACCGACGUCCAGAGGAUAGACAUCUCUCCGUGCUUGGACCCAGGAUGCAGCCUCCGCUCCAGCAGGUAUCUGAACAACGUCCUGUCGCUGCCCAUCAACACCUUCAGUGGUGUGACCCUGUGA